UCGUUCGUAUUUAAUUCCUCGAAGAGAAGAAUUAAAAGUUUAAAACAAAAUUGUAGAAGAAUUUCAGAAUGCAACACGUGGCAUUACAUUGAAUUCGUGGGUGAUCUUACAAGGGUAGACCGCGGGUGAGGGGUGACCUAGUGACCCUAUCGAGACUCAAAAAACAGAGAGGAAGAGCAGCUGAUUUUGAUUUUAAUUAGGUGCAGAACUGUCUAUCUAGACAAGUUCCGAUAGGGUGGCCGUGCGAUUCCUUGGACCGCCAUUUGUAAAUGGCCAUUGAAACAAAAGAGAAAGGAUGUUGGGGAUUAUAAAGCAAAAGGCCAGAUGUGGAGUCUUUCCUUCUUCGACUGUGGGGCAGACAUUGCAGAGAGUCCGUCUUUCCUUAUUUGCAUUAAGAAAUUACUCAACUGCGCCCAAAGAGAUGACAGUGCGUGAAGCGUUAAAUUCUGCACUUGAUGAGGAAAUGUCUGCUGAUCCUAAAGUCUUUCUGAUGGGUGAAGAGGUUGGAGAAUACCAAGGCGCAUACAAGAUAUCUAAAGGUCUUUUGGAGAAAUAUGGUCCUGAUAGGGUUUUUGACACUCCAAUCACAGAGGCUGGCUUUACAGGAAUUGGAGUUGGUGCUGCUUAUUAUGGUCUCCGGCCUGUAAUAGAAUUUAUGACAUUUAACUUCUCGAUGCAGGCAAUUGACCAUAUUAUUAAUUCUGCUGCAAAAUCAAACUACAUGUCUGCUGGUCAGAUAUCUGUACCCAUUGUUUUCAGAGGACCAAAUGGUGCUGCUGCUGGAGUUGGUGCCCAACACUCCCAGUGUUAUGCAGCAUGGUAUGGUUCCUGUCCUGGGUUAAAAGUUUUGGCUCCAUACUCAUCAGGGGAUGCUCGUGGCCUGCUAAAAGCUGCUAUCAGGGACCCUGAUCCUGUUGUUUUCCUUGAAAAUGAGUUACUAUAUGGUGAAUCUUUUCCUGUUUCUGCAGAAGCUCUUGAUUCCAGUUUUUGUCUGCCAAUAGGAAAGGCUAAGAUCGAACAGGAAGGAAAGGAUGUGACUAUUACUGCUUUCUCAAAGAUGGUUGGUUAUUCACUCCAGGCUGCUGAUAUACUUGCAAAAGAAGGGAUCAGUGCUGAGGUUAUAAAUCUGCGCUCUAUCAGGCCACUAGAUAGAUCUACAAUUAAUGCUUCUGUGCGGAAAACGAACAGACUGGUAACAGUAGAAGAAGGUUUCCCUCAACAUGGUGUUGGAGCUGAGAUCUGUGCAUCUGUCAUUGAGGAGAGUUUUGGCUAUCUAGAUGCACCAGUAGAGAGGAUUGCAGGAGCUGAUGUUCCCAUGCCAUAUGCUGCAAAUCUGGAAAGAAUGGCUGUCCCACAGGUUGAGGAUAUUGUUCGUGCAGCAAAAAGGGCAUGCUAUAGAUCAGCUCCCAUGGCCGCAACUGCUUAAGUGCAGAUAACUGGUCUUCUUUCGUUAUUUACUUUUCUUAUUGUACUUUGCUAGGAGAUUGUGUUCAUGACUAUUUUGUGUCCAGAAGUCCACAUCGGUUGAGAGUUGUGGAAAUCUUCACUAGCUAUGGGAAACAAUGUUUUUUUUUUUCCUUUUCUGGGGUUUGUGGCGGAAUUGCUCAUUUACCUGAGAGUAGAACGAGGUGAAGAUUUCUAAGAUGAAAUGACCACUUUCACCUGCUUUGCCCCUCUGUUUUGUAAAAAUGCUUAAUGAUACUCAUGUAACUCUGUAAAUGGUGGUGGCAUUUUAUCUCAACUUAGCGGGUUAAUUGCAUGUA